AUGAACCAAGACUCGGCAUCUAGUUCCACUUUUGGAGCAGCUCCAGUGCGGAAGGACAGAGGACCGAUCGCGAGCCAGGCUAGUGCUUGUGAUGUUUGUCGACAACGGAAGCAGAGAUGUGACGAGAACCGUCCGAAGUGCGGUCUUUGUACACGCUUGAAGAUAGACUGCAACUAUAGGGAGCCCGUCCCGACAAAGACGAUUCGAUGCUGCGAACGGGACUUGAAAUGUUUUAGUCUUCUCAUCUGUAAUGGAUCUUACUAA